ACAGCAGGAAAGAGGGAUGUCUAAUUUCAGAUUCAUUUUCUCACAGAAUUAAAAACAGAAAAAAAAAGCCAAAAAGGAAAAAAGAAAGACAAGACAAAAUAUCUCUUCUCGUCUUCACCAGUUGCCCUCUCGCGCUUUUCUCAGUCUCUCCCCCCAUUUCUUCUCCGCUUAGCAAUUUCCUGGUUCGGUUCUUUCCCUCCCUGAAUACUUUUUCAUCUUCAGAUUUUGUCAAUCUCCUCGUUGCCUUGUUUCGCCCGUGUCUCGAUUUGAAUCUCUACUGUGUUUGGAUUGUGGGUUUCGGGUUUUGUUUGCAGUCGAAAAGAGUGAUUGAUGGCUGGAAAAAGGAAACUAGCUGAUAACCCCGACCAAAAGGAGCGACGAUGGAGUUCCCGGGUUCAGGAGCUUAGACAGAAAAAGGUAGACGAGAAGGCGCGCAUUGCACGCGAGAGGUUGAAGUUACUCAGCGACAAAAACUCUAAGCUCUGUGUCGAUGACACUGAGUCGCAUGCAGAGGAAGAUGAGGCUAUGCUUGUGAGCCCCGAACGAAGCAGCCCUUUAACCCUAACGAAAACGGAGAAAGGAAAGACGAAAUUGGAUUUUUACGCCGAUGAAAAUGACGCUCACCUCAAAGUUAAGAAGAAUCUGAGGUUUUUCAACACGCAAUAUCUCCUUAUGGUCCAGGCUAAGUUGAGCAGACCUGAUUUGAAGGGGGUAACUGAGGUGAUGCGAGCCAAUGCAAUAUUGUACUCAAGGAAAAGGAUAGGUGACCUUCCAGGUAUUGACGUUGGACACCGGUUUUUUUCAAGAGCCGAGAUGGUCGCUGUGGGCUUCCAUAGGCAUUGGCUAAAUGGCAUCGAUUCUAUGGGAAUCGAAUACAAACGGGAGUAUAGUGACUACCAGUUUCCGCUCGCUGUUUCUAUUAUUAUGUCGGGCCAGUAUGAGGAUGAUCUAGACAAUGCAGAGGUGGUUACUUACACUGGUCAGGGAGGGAAUAAAUUAACUGGUAGUAAACGCCAGGUUAAGGAUCAAGAGUUAGUGCGGGGGAAUCUGGCCCUAAAGAAUAACUUAGAACAUAAGGUGCCUGUCAGAGUUACUCGUGGUCACCAAUGCCAAACUAGCUAUUCCAAAAAAGUAUACACUUAUGAUGGACUGUACCAGGUUAUAAAGUACUGGGCAGAAAAGGGCGUUUCAGGAUUUACAGUGUAUAAGUAUCAACUGAAACGAUUGGAGGGGCAACCAGAACUAACUACUAAUCAGGUCAACUUUGUGGGUGGACGCAUACCAAAGUCUACCUCAGAGAUCCAGGGCUUGGUAUGCGAGGACAUCUCUAAAGGGCUAGCAUCUAAGCCUAUUCCAGCCACUAAUCGUGUUGAUGAUCCACCAGUUCCACCGUCAGGUUUCACGUACAUCGAUUCUUUGAAGAUUGGACCUAAUGUCAAAAUUCCAAGGAGCUCAACUGGGUGUAACUGCCGAGGUAGCUGCACUGAUCCAAAUAAAUGUGCCUGUGCUAGGCUUAAUGGGGGAAACUUUCCAUACGUCGACCUCAAUAACGGAAGAUUAAUUGAGCCUCGAGACGUUGUAUUUGAAUGUGGUCCGAGCUGUGGGUGUGGGCCUGAAUGUGUCAACAGAACCUCUCAGAAGCGACUAAAAUUUCAACUCGAGGUAUUUCGUUCUCCAAAGAAGGGUUGGGCAGUAAGAUCAUGGGACUUCAUACCAGCUGGGUCACCAGUCUGUGAGUACAUAGGAGUCCUCAGAAGAACAGACGACGUGGAUACUCUUUCUGACAACGACUACAUCUUUGAGAUUGACUGCCAACAGACAAUGCAAGGUCUCGAUGGAAGACAGAGAAGAUUAAGAGACGUAGCCGUACCAACGGAUAUUAAAGUCAGUCAGAGCAAUGAAGAUGAGAAUGUACCAGAGUUCUGCAUCGAUGCUGGUCCAACAGGGAACGUUGCUAGGUUCAUUAAUCACAGCUGUGAACCAAACCUAUUUGUUCAAUGCGUCCUGAGUUCCCACCAGGAUAUAAGGCUUGCCCGUGUGGUUCUUUUCGCAGCUGACAACAUUCCACCACUGCAGGAGCUGACUUACGACUAUGGAUACACGCUCGACAGCGUUCAUGGGCCGGACGGGAAGGUGAAACAGCUUACUUGCUACUGUGGAGCUAUAAAGUGUAGGAAACGUCUAUACUAAACAAGGAGAGGAAGAAUCCGUAUGGCUUUUGGUAACAUAUUUUGGAGUAGGAAAUCAUCAAGGCUAUUGGGCAACAUAUUUUUUGAACACACUAUUUUGGGGAGUAGUACAUAGCAACUAUCUCCCAAGUGGACCCUCUUAACAAGGUUUUUUUGGAACUUAGCCAUUUUCUGCAGCGUACAAUUAGUGCUGUCUUGUUGGGCAUUGUCCCUUGUGUAACCCAUUUAUGUCACUGGCAUCUAAUUUGCA